GGUAAAGUGAAGUGCGACACAAAACGCUGUCAGACACGGAAGUUAGCAGCUGGUGCUUGGAACAAAGACGCGCUAUCAGGUUCGGUUCGGUUCUUCCAAAAUGUUUUUCCAGGGGCUGUUCGUGCUAUCCCUCAUGCUCCAGACCGGGCUCGCUCAGAACUGUGACUGGGACCCGUCCACGGAUCCGAACCAGGGCCUCCACCCGGACUCGCUGGGAGCGGGAGCGCGCUACCUGGGCCAGAUGCAGGAGGUGUCGAACCCGGAGAUCUGCCGGGGCGCCUGCUGCCAGGAGGCGGACUGUGACCUGGCUGUGGUCGGGCAGCCGGCGGACGGAGGGUUGCAGUGCAUGCUGGUGAGCUGCGGGUCCGGCGGCUGCACGCUGCAGCACAGCUCCCAGUUCCAGGUGUUCCGCAGGACGGGCCGGAGCGAGGCCGGCCAACAAGCAGCCACACCCGGGAAGAAGCUGCACGUCGUCCCGCUGCUGGAGGCGGAAGAGCCGAGGAGCAACGAGACUAACAGCGAUCUUUGCCGUCUGGAGAAGAAGACAGGACCAUGUCGGGCGGCGUUCCCCAGAUUCUUCUACAACGUGACGAGUCAGACCUGCAGCAGCUUCAUCUUUGGCGGCUGCGAACCCAAUGGCAACAACUUCGCAUCCCAGGAAGACUGCGAGGCCGCCUGCAGCGGAGUCACCGGUUCAGUGCUGGUUGAGAGCCCGACUACUUCUGCUCCUCCUCCGCCGGCUCCCAAAGCUCCUCGGAUGGCCCCGGCAGAGUCCGGCCCGGCAGAGUCCGGCCCGGCAGAGUCCGGCCCGGCAGAGUCCGGCCCGGCAGAGUCCGGCCCGGCAGAGUCCGCCCCGCUGCAGAAGGCCGACAUCCAAGCUGAUGAGUACGCAGAGCUCUGCGAAGCCGAGUAUCAGACGGGUCCAUGCAGAGCCGCCAUGAAGCGCUGGUUCUACAACAAGGAGAAGGGCAGCUGUCAAACCUUCAUCUAUGGCGGCUGCAAAGGAAACAAGAACAACUACCGCAGCGAGGAGAGCUGCAAGUCUACCUGUACAGGUGUCAAAGUCCUGCCAUCCUCCAAGAAGAACCCAGAAGAUGACAAAAGUCGCUGCAGUUUGAGUCCUGAGUCUGGAAUGUGCCGCGCCGCCUUUCCUAAGUUCUACUACGACCCGUCCUCUGCGUCCUGCCAGACCUUCGUGUACGGUGGUUGUGGGGGCAACGGCAACAAGUUCGACUCUCUAGAGGAGUGCAUGACUGCUUGCAGCGGGGAUGGUUCCUACGAAAGUCAUGGCAAGAGCAGAAACCGAUGGACUGCAGCCUUCUUCCUCUUUGUCACUCUGGCUGUCAUCUCCGCUCUGUUGCUCGCCACGGUCAUCAUCAUCACGCUGAGACGCCACCGCCGGCCCAGACGUUACUCCUCUGUUAGUGACAAGCGGGGGCUGAUCCCAGAUUCAGACGAGAUGUCAUCUCAGGACUCACUCAGCAUCCCGGAGAGCCCCACACCAAAGGCCUAAGGGAUCCUGGAUCCGCCUGAGCUCUGCCUCAGAAUUUAUCCUCUCUCACUUCUUACAGGGAUUCAUCAGGGUGACACAAAUCUGAUCCAAGGUUGGAUCAAUUAACCUAUAAUCAGAUCAUUGGCAGGGCAACUGAAGGGUGCGGAGCCUCAGGUCUGAGGCCGAUAUUAGAGCAUCAAUAAAAUAUUUUCUUCUAUUUGUAGUAUCAGAGCUCUGGGUUAUUUGUCAUUGAUCAUCUCAUUAAAGGAGUCGUUUGAUUCACUUCAAAAUUCAGCCCAAAUUACAACUGGUCCUCAGCCCGGUAUCAUGGUAGUAACCGGUACCUAAGUGACUUUUUCCCUAAGGGCCUGAGUUACUUUCAUGAUCCUCUGAAUAUUUAAUUAUUGAUUACAUCUGCUGAAAAUGAGCAAUUUAAAUCCAGAAGUUUUUCUGUUUCCAGUCUUGAUCUGUCCCUGGUUUCCUGUCCGAAACGUCGUCAUUUAUUACCAUUGAUGAUUUGUCAGGAGGAACCGUCUGAAUCUGUUCUGUCGGGUUCUGCCGGGCUUCUUUGUGCUCCUGAUCUUUAUUGAUCAUUUGAUCUCCAUUCAUAGGGAAACAUUUAAACUUCCCGUCUGAAGUCAGCAAUCAGUAACUUCCCUGGUCAUCUAUCUCUCUGUAAGCAUGGAUGCUCUGUGGUUCUCCACAGGUUCUGGGUGGUUCUGCUUGUAUUUCCUCAUCUCUGUGGUGCUGGACAUCAAUCAUGUUUCUCUAGAAAUCAGGAUGUUUCUCUGCGGCCUUAAAUAUUUUCUGCACCAAACGGACUCUAACAGGUCCAGCUUCUAAUCCGGUGUUGGAGCGAUCCGACAUCUGUCAGCAACUAUUGAGGUGAAGAAACUUUUCAACCAAGCAGGACCACCCAGAACCUACAGAGUUCUGGGUUACUGACAAAGAUUACAGCAGAUUAACGCCUCUUAAUGGGCUGUUUGGACUUUUCCUGGUUCUGUUUCCUGGUUGUGCUCAGAGCAGAGUCUCUGAUUGGCUGUCAGCUGGAAGAUAUUCCAUUAAAUUUGAUGCGAUUUGAUUAUUGAUCAGUGAACUGAUUAGCUGAUGGAUCAGAGCUCAGGUGGUUUUAAUUAAAAGUUUAAUUCUUCAAAUUACACUUGUUCUGUUUUUAAAUCAAUUAAUGAAAGAAUUCUUUAAUCAGUUUAAGUAAUUAUUGAUUAGUUGGGAUGUAGUUGUAAAUGUUUCUCAGGAGUUUUCCUGGUUACUGUUAUUAAUCUGUUAUCAGUGUGUGCAUAUAGGGUUAUUGAAGGUAAUCAUUGAUUCUGUGUAUUGAUCAAUCAGGAGCUGACGGAAUCAGCCUGCAGGUUAUGAACCAUGAAAAUUAAUUAUUACUGUUGCUGUUAAACUCAAAUUCCCAUGAUGCACCUGCUCAAACUGGUUCCCCCUGCAGGCUGAGGUCUGAACAUCAGCUUUGCCAAUAUUGAUCUGAGAAUCUGUUGCUCUGCUGUUGAAUUAAUUUAUUGAUGAUUGAAUUGUUUUCUUUGAAAGUUUUACUGUAAUAAAUCUGAUCGAUAAUCUUAUCAAUCUGAAAAGGGCCAUGCUCGAGCUUAUUGAGCUGUUGCUUUUAACUUUUAUACAUGGAACAUUUUGUAAAAUACUGAUUAAAGUUAAUGAUCAUAUUAUUGCAUCACGGGUCCUGUUGUGAUCAAUAUUCUGAACUAUAAUCUGAUCACUAUCCACCGAAACAAUAAAUUAAGUUUAACCAUU